AAAAAGAGAACCGUAUUUGCUUCAUGGCGCUUACAAUGCAAGAUGUUCUUAGAUUGUGUUUGGCAUUUUUUACUCUUGUUUUGAGCACCCAUGCAGUACUGGAAGAUAGAGGAAAUGAAGGUUUAGGGAUGGUCAAACAGCUCAGGAUUCUCAAUAAAUUUCAUGUGAGGAAGACCUCUCAGAAGGAAGUUGCUGGUGUCUUUGAUUGUCCUGAUAAUUGCCCACAACCUGCUUAUGAUUAUUCCAUCUCAAAAAUGACAAAAUCCAGCAAUGCAGGAAGAACUGGUAUAUCAGAAGAAGAAGAUUUGGAGUUGGAAAGACAGCUCAGGGUUCUCAAUAAGCCUCCUACCAAGACCUUUAUAACUAAAGAAGGUGAUAUCCUUGAUUGCGUCAAUAUUUAUAAGCAACCUGCUUUUGAUCAUCCUUUGCUCAAAAAUCAUAAAAUUCAGUUGAAACCCAGUUACUUUCCAAGAAGAGACGCAAAGGAAACUUCGUCAGGAGCCAAACAAUUGCACAUUAAAUUGAAGGGUAAAAAAUGCCCGCUGGGAACAGUCCUUAUUCGCAGGACUUCAAAAGAAGAUCUUAUAAGGGCUAAAUCUUUCUCAAGAAAAUUCUCUACCAGCUUCGCUCCACCAACUCCUUCCUUCCCUGGACAACAUAGAGUGAGCAUCAAAAUUGACCACUCUAACCCACUACGUGGAGUUUCUGCAAACAUCAAUAUAUACAAUCCACCCGUAAAAGGCGGUCAGUUCAGUACUGCACAGCUUUGGGUUCAAAAUGGUCCUUAUGAUUAUCUCAACAACAUACAAGCAGGAUGGAUGGUAAAUCCAGACUUGUAUCAAGACAAUCGCACUAGAUUAUUCACAUUCUGGACUAAUGAUGGUUAUCAUAAAAAGGGGUGCUUCAAUACACUCUGUGAAGGUUUUAUUCAACUUGCCAGAGAUAUAGAACCUUCCUCUAUAUUAAGCCCAGUUUCUGUCUAUGGUGGACAACAAUACGUUAUUAAAGUCUCUCUCCAUCAGGAUAACAUUACCGGGAACUGGUUCUUGAGUGUGACAGAUGAAAACAAAGUUGUGGGUUAUUGGCCAGGGGGCAUAUUCCCAAAUUUAGGGAAGGGUGCCAGUUCUGUUGUUUGGGGAGCCCUUGCAAAGGCCUCAGCUGAUGGUAUUAGUCCUCCAAUGGGUAGUGGUCACUUCCCAUUUGAUGAUUAUAACCACUCAAGUUUCUUUAAGAACAUGAAAUAUGUGGAUCCAUUUUAUGAGGAGACUGAUCCUGGUUGGCCCGGCCAAAAAGAGUUCAGAGACAACACAAAGUGUUAUGACAUCAAGAAUGACAAGUACCUCAAGGGAGGGUGGGGAAAUACUUUCAGAUUUGGUGGACCCGGUGGCAAUUGUGGGUAGCUUCUUUCCCAUCUUUCAGGGAAUCCUUUCCUCUUAGCAAUAAUAAUUAUAAAUGAAUGUGCUUGAUGUUUUACAUCUAUGUUCUAGUGAAUCAUAUACAAUUAUAUUUCUUCAUUUCA